ACAGACCGCACAACGUUAUUUGGAUUGGCAACGACAUGAGCACGGACCUCAACUCGUCGGCCAUCGAGGACGACCGCGAUAAGUUCAUUGCGUUGGCCGCCUCCACUCACGGUAGUCGCAACCGUGGCAGCCCCUCGCAUGCACCACUUCUCGGCGAGGACGCGGACGUCAACAAGUACGAAGUUGCGUUUUUUGAUGAGGACGACAACGCCGACGUCGACAACGACCUCGCGUCGGCGCUCGCCGUAUUCGAGAUGGACCAGCCCGACAACUCGACGACCUUGCUCGGCGCGCUCGAUGGAAGCUUUGGAAAACGUUUGAACCCGCCCGGUCGGGAUGCGCUCGAACGUUGGCUCAGUCGCUUUUGCCCCGUCUGGGCCGAGGCGUCCACUACGACGAGCAUUGUCAUGGCGACUGCCACCGUGCUACUCCUUCGUCUCGUCUUGCCCUUCCCACGACCCGAGACUAGCAAGCCCCGUCUCAAGCGUGCUGACGACGGCAAGAUUCGACUCUCCUGGCCCGUCCCGGACAUCGAGGCGACCGGCCUCUUGACAGAACGCUUGAGGAGCGCCGUGCGCGUCGGCAAGUCACCUGCGGCCAACCCGCUCCCCAAUCGCUUUCCUCUUCGGCUCUUUGUGAGCCUUCCUGGAAAAGCGCGCGAGUUCGUCGACGCAGGGUCGCUGGCCCUCGUGGAGCUACCCGUGUCGACCCAAACGCCGCGCAUAUUCACGCUCGAGCUCAUCCAUGGCCAGCAACUGCCGCAGGCCAUCACCGACGCCAUGGUCGAGUAGGACACCGAGACGUAGCAUUUUGAAUGCAUGCAGUGUUGCGUAUUGCG